CCCGUCACUCAAGGUGACACCAACGCAAGCCUACCCUCGCCACUCUGUUCCCCAUUCCCUCGCCGCCGGCCGCCGCGCCGCCAUGCUCCGCCUCCGCAGCUCCAUCCUCGCCCACCUCCUCUCAUCUCCAGCCACCUCUCCCGUAUCCCCUCUCCACCGCCUCCUCUCAGCCGCAGCGCCAGCCAUCUCCACCCCGACCACCGGGUUCGCCGUGGAGGACUACCUCGUCAGCACCUGCGGCCUCACCCGACCCCAAGCCCUCAAGGCCUCCGCCAAGCUCUCCCACCUCAGGUCCCCUGCCAAGCCCGAAGCCGUCCUCGCCUUCCUCGCCGGCCUCGGCCUCUCCGCCGGCGAUGUCGCCGCCCUCGUCGCCAAGGACCCGCAGUUCCUCUGCGCCAGCGUGGAGAGAACACUGGCGCCCGUCGCCGCGGGGCUCUCCGGCCUCGGCUUAUCGCGAUCUGACAUCUCGCGCCUCGUCUCGGUUACUGCCGGCCUCUUCCGGCAUAGAUCCAUCGUCUCCAACGUACAGUACUGUCUGCCCCUCCUCGGCUCCUUCGAGAACCUCUUACACGCGGUCAGCCAUGGCUCCAGCCUUGUCGGAUCUGAUCUCGAGCGGGUGGUCAAGCCCAAUGUCGCUCUCCUGCAAGAGAGUGGGCUAGGUGUUUGUGAUAUUGCCAAGCUGUGCCUCAAUAGGCCACGGCUGCUCAGCAGCAACCCAGAGCGCGUCCAGGCGGCGUUGGCGUCCGCCGAAGCACUCGGUGUACCCCGUGGAUCCGGGAUGUUCAGGUAUGCGAUUGAAGCUGUUGCAUCCUUCACCGAGGAGAAGAUCGCUGCCAGAGUGGACUACUUGAAGAAGACAUUCAGGUGGUCGGAUGCCGACGUGAGCAUUGCUGUGUGUAAGGCUCCGAAUUUGAUCGCAAAAUCAAAGGAAUCACUGCAGUGCAGGUCUGAAUUCCUCAUCUCUGAGGUGGGGUUGGAACCGGCCUACCUCGCUCAACGUCCGGCAAUGGUCUGUUACAGCCUAGAGGGCCGGAUGAGACCCCGGUACCACGUUGUAAAGUUUCUCAAGGAAAAUGGAUUGCUCAAGCACGACCCGAGCUACUAUACUGUUUUCAAGGAGAGCGAGAAGUAUUUCGUGGAUAAGUUCAUAUGCCCUCACAAGGAAGCUGCACCACACCUUGCAGAAGAUUAUGCUGCCGCUUGCGGAGGGGAAGUGCCCGCUAGAUUCAGAUUUACAUGAACCAACAACGGGCUGUGAGAAGCGAUAAUGCUGGAGGAGAAAAUGUGCUGAAACUGGAUGUGUAUCAUGGUCCUUUCUUCUUCGAGGAGACGGAGCAUGGCGCAAACUGGGGGUUUGCCUAUACGUGAUUCUGAAGGAGGAUCAGCUCCGCUUCGAUGCAUAUUUGUUGCAGGCAUAGCUAGGCGUGGUGCCUAUGGUAUAUCGAGCUAUAGUGCCGCAGACGCCGAGUAUGGUAUUUUAUUGUAGGGCAAGUAUAGUGUUUUGGUCUAUUUUACUCAAUGCAUAUUGACAUGCUGCCUGGUCUCGUCUCUAUUUUUUCUCUUUUGUGAGAGCUCCCUGAUCUCAUCUCACUGGGCAGUAACUUGUAUGAGCACUGCCAUGGGUUUAGUGCAACAUUCAGAGUGUAUCAUGUUUGGAGCUGUUUUCAUGUUUAACAGAUGACCGCGUUCAUGAAAAGAAGAGAUAUAAUCCGUCUA